AUGUUUUAUGGUCUGACGACGAAGGAGCUAGGAAGAGUCGCUUAUGAUUUAGCAAAUAAAAACGGUCUUAAUCAUAGAUUUAAUAAUGAUAAAAAGGAAGCUAGCAAGAAAUGGGUCGAACACUUUGCCAGGCGGCAUUACUUCAGUCUCCGUCAACCUGAAAAAACAAGUUUGGCACGUGCUGCAGGAUUCAAUCGUGUACAAGUGCAACGAUUUUAUGAUAAUUUAAAACAAGUACUUACAACCUUCAAAUUUGUUGGCAGACAAAUUUUCAACAUCGAUGAAACUGGCCUCCAGACAGUGCGAAACAAGUUACCCAAAGUUUAUGCCAAAAAAGGCAAGAAAAUUGUAGAAAAAGUUGUGUCCGCAAAACGUAGAAAAACAGUAACGGCUGUUUGCUGUAUGGGUGCUACUGAAAUAUUCGUACCACCUGCAUUAAUUUUUCCUAGAAAGCGGCAAAAACCCGAAUUGAUGGAUGGAGCUUCAGAGGACUCCCUACAGCUUGUAUCCGAUUCUGGUUAUAUGAACUCAGAUCUAUUUAUAAUCUGGCUCAAUCAUUUCAUUAAGAUGGUCACGCCAUCUAAAGAUGAACCUGCUCUUUUGAUUUUAGAUAAUCAUUCAUCUCAUUUAAGUUUACAGGCUAUUGAAUAG